AUGUCCUUCCAGGAUCCUCCGCCCUGCCCAGUGAUGUCUUUCUACAGCCACCAAUGUAGGAUCCAACACUGCUUCCCAGGUCCAGGGCCGUGUGUCGGCCAAGGGCCCCAGUGCAUCACGCUGAAACAUGCCACGUGCAUCACCAGGAAUCCCCCGCCAUUUGCCACGAGGGGGCCGGAGCCCUGCGGGGUGAAAUGCGACGCGCAGCCAUCGGAGCCGUGUGCCCCCAAAUCUCCCGCUCCCUGCGACGUGAAGUGCGUCGAGUCCUGUGACGCCAAGGGCGGUGACAAAUGCACCUCGCCGUGCGCCAGCCCGGGUCACGAGCCUCGCGGCAUUAAAAGUCCUCUGCCACAUCAUGCCAAGAAAUGCAGCCCGCCAUGCCCCCCUCAUUUCAUGCCGCCACCCGUGACCCGGUGCCCCCUGCAGUGUGGCCCGCCUUCAGGAGCACGCCAGGGAUUCCCUUCCCCCUCUCGAUGCUUUCCGCCUCGCAAAAUGUACCAGUACACGGCCUCUAAAACCUUUAAGUCGUGCUAUGCCAAGUAG